UGCUCCUUAUGGGGCUGUUACCCUAUGGGGCUGGAAACACCAACCCCAAGACGCUCCCCUCUCCCCAUGAGGAUGCUCCAGGGACAGCAGCGAGCCCGGAGGGGGCCGGGCCGGCUGCCGUGAGCCCUCCCCGUAGCUCUGCCUCUUCCCACCCCGUUCCGCCUCCCGGGACAACCUCGCUGCCUUCAGCCCGGCUCCGAGCUCCGCUCUCGGGAUGCUGCCGGCCCCCGCACGGCCCCCGCAUCGCUCCGCACGCCGGAGGGGACGCUGCAAGCGCUGCCGCUCGCCCUCAGUAAGCGCCAUGGAGAAGGCAACCAGCCCCCCGCCCGGCAGCUCGGUGAUUUUAGCUUCGUCCUCCGCGUCCACCUUGAAGGAGGAGCUGCUGUGCCCCAUCUGCUACGAACCCUUCCGUGAAGCCGUGACCCUCUGCUGCGGCCACAACUUCUGCAAGGGCUGCGUGAGCCGCUCCUGGGAGCACCAGUACCACCUCUGCCCCGUCUGCAAGGAACCCGCUUCCCCCGACGACCUCCACGUCAACCACACGCUCAGCAACCUGGUGGAGAUGAUCCUAAAAGAGGAAGGGCAGCGGCGGGGCCGCCCGGCCGCCCUCUGCACCGUGCACCACGAGGAAGCCAAACUCUUCUGCCUGGACGACAAGGAGCUGGCGUGUUUCUCCUGCCAGAGCUCCAAGCAGCACGAGGGGCACAAGAUGAGGCCGGUGCAGGAGACGGCUGCGGAUUUCAGGGCUCGCGAGGGUCCUGAAGGCGUCUCCCCCCCGCAGGCCAAGCUGAAGAACAUGGAGACCUCCCUGCGGGAUAAAGUGAAGGAUUUCGGGACCGUGCACCGCAGCUACGAGUCCAUCUCCAAACACAACCAGGUGGAAGCCGUGCGUCUGGAGGAGCAGAUCAAGAAGGAGUUUGAGAAGCUGCACGAGUUCCUGCGGGAUGAGGAGAAGGCGCUGCUGGCCCAGCUGCAGGAGGAGACGCGCCGCAAGCAGGACCUCGUCGAGGGCAAAAUCAAGCAGCUGUCGGACGAGAGCCGGGCUCUGCUCAACGAAGCCUGCCAGCUCCAGGACGACCUCAAAGAGGACGACUACACCUUCCUCAUGACCCACAAGAACCGCAAGCGCAGGAUCGCCUGCACGGUGGAGGAGCCGGAGGCCGUGGCCUCGGGGAUGCUGAUCGACACCGCCAAGUACCUGGGCUCGCUGCAGUACAACGUGUGGAAGAAGAUGCUGGACAACAUCACCGUGGUCCCCUUCAGCUUCGACCCCAACUCCGCCGCGGGCUGGCUCUCGGUGUCCGAGGACCUGAGCAGCGUCACCAACGGGGGCUACAAGCUGCUGACGGAGAACCCCGAGCGUUUCACCUCCGCCCCCUGCAUCCUGGGCUCCCGCGGCUUCUCCGCCGGCUUCCACAGCUGGGAGGUGGAUCUGGGAGGCAUCACCAACUGGCGGGUGGGGGUGGCUCGACCCCGAGGGAGAACCCCUUGGAAUUUUCACCACGACGCCCGCUCCGGUUUUUGGUACCUCUACCGCCUGCCCACCGACGGCGAGACGUGCCGGGCUUCCAACGCCGCUCGCUCGGAGGCCACGCUGGGCGAGUUGGGGAGGCUCCGGGUGGAGCUGGACUGCGACGAAGGGGAGCUCUCUUUCUACGACGCCGAGCGCAGGAGCCACAUCUACACCUUCCACGAGAAAUUCGGGGGCACCGUUUUCCCCUAUUUCUACAUGGGGGCCACCCCGGUGGGCGCGCUGCCCAGGGCGCUGCGCAUUUGCCCCGUCCGGGUGCGCAUCCAAGAGGACACCCCCGUGUAGCUGCCACCCCUGCCUGUGUCCUGUUUUAAGACAAACUUUCCCUAGGAAAGAAAAAAAAAAUGAAAGGGAAAAAAAAAAAAAAGAAUUUAUGUAUGUACUGCCUCUGUUUUUUUUUAAAUCUUUAAUAAAAAUCGGGUUCUGGUA